UGUUUCCAACUGCCUAAUGACGGCGUCCCAAAACAAUCAAUAAAAUCCCCUUCUCCACUCAUUAGGGUUUCAAAAUUCUCACUCUCAAAUAAUUUUCUCCAAAUUUCACUAUUUUUCCAACUCGAAAUUUCUUCCUUUCAUUUAAUCAUGCCCGCCACCGACUGCCAGGGCUCAUCGGCGCUGCCUUUCUCCAACCUCGGCCGUUCCAUUCUCAGUCUCCGCCGUGAUCAGGCCGUGCACUCCAUGAACGACGACACCGCCUCCGGAAACUCCCUCGAGGUCGAGUUAGAGUUUUUCCAGAGGAAAAUUUCGGACCGCUUGAUGGACUUGUCCGGUUCGGACGAGUUGCUCUCGCUCUCGUGGGUUCAAAAGCUUCUCGACUUGUUCCUUGUAUCGCAAGAUGAGUUUCGCGUUGUUUUAUUUAAUAAUAGGUCUCAGCUCCACAAGGGGCCAAUGGAUCGGCUCAUAGCUGAGUAUUUUGAACGGAGCGUGAAGGCGCUUGACGUUUGUAAUGCGAUUCGUGAUGGGAUUGAGCAAAUCAGACAGUGGCAGAAGCUUAUUCAGAUUGUUCUUGUUGCUUUGGAUGAUCGGAGAAUGCUGUCUGAAGGUCAGGUUCGAAGAGCUAAGAAGGCUGUCAUUGAUUUAGCGAUUAGCAUGCUUGAUGAGAAAGAUUCCGGCACGACUUUGGCUCAUCGGAACCGUUCGUUUGGGAGGAAUAACGUGAAAGAGCCUCACUGUCGGAUUUUGGGGCAUUUUCGAUCAUUGUCAUGGAGUGUUUCGAGGUCUUGGUCGGCUGCCCGACAGCUGCAGGCUAUUGGGAAUAAUUUGUAUGCUCCAAGGGGUAAUGAAAUUACGGCUACAAACGGGCUUUCCGUUUUGGUGUUCACCAUGAGUUCAGUGUUGUUGUUUGUAAUGUGGACACUUGUGGCGGCGAUUCCUUGUCAGGAUCGUGGUUUGCAAGUGCAUUUUCCUGUUUCUAGGCAGUUUAUUUGGGCGGGGCCAAUGAUGUCUUUGCAUGAGAAGAUAUUGGAAGAGUCCAAGAAACGAGAGAGGAGAAAUACUUGUGGGUUGAUGAAGGAGAUUCAUCAGAUUGAGAAAAGCACGAGGUUGAUGAAUGAGUUGUUGGAUUCAAUUCAGUAUCCAGUGGCCGAGCAAAAGGAUGGCGAGGUGAGACAAAGAGUAAAGGAAUUGUCAACGGUUUUUGAAACAGUAAAGGAGGGAUUGGACCCGUUGGAGAGACGAGUGAGAGAGGUGUUUCAUAAGAUUGUGCGAAGCCGAACUGAAGGGCUUGAUUGCUUGGGAAGGAUGCAUGGUCCUGAAUAGUUUGUAUUUCAAAAUUUAAUUAUAGGUGUCUAAUGUGAAAAUUGUAAAUGAGUUUGUUGUAUUUUGGCUUUUUGGGAAUGCUUGGAAGAUAAAGAUAGAGUGUUUGUGGAUGGCACUGGAAAUAAAUGGGGUAAGAGGAAAUUUUUCGUUGUAUUUAUCAACAUAUAUUGUGUAAAGAAAGUAGGAUUUGAAAUGGGAUCUUUUGUGUUUCUGUUGUGUAAUCAAAUUUCUGGUUAUAUUGCAUCUUGGUGCUGUA